AUGUCUGGGACGUUGAAGUGACUUUCUGGGAAUGAUGGUGUUGCCACUGGAACCGCCAUCUUUGUCGCCAUGACGAUGCCAUUCAGCCCCCUGUCCAGCGACGAGGAGCAACAAAGGAUGCUGGGAAACAGCAGACAUCUCUAUCCUGGGGCAGAAGACGAGGAGGAGGAGGAAGACGAAGAAGAGGAGAUGGAAGAGGAUGAACGCGACGAGGACGGGGAGGAAGAGGAGAACGGCGAGCUGGAAGGGGAGGAAGACGAUGAUGACGAGGAGAUGGUGGAGGAGGUCAGGCGAGGAGGCAUUCCUCGGAUCGGGAGAGGCGAGGGACACAGACAGUCGAGUAAACCGGCGGGACGAUCCGGCGGGGAUCGACAGAUGAGACCAGGAAACCCGGGACACGCCGCCAACCCGUACUCGGCCAAUCCCGGACCCACGCACCAAGCAGCAGCCAAUCAGCAGCAGAGGAGGCUGAAGGAGCGCACUGCCAACUCGGUGCCAUCUGAAGACGCCCACAUCGCCAUGAUGGUGUUUCGCAUCGGCAUCCCAGACAUAAAGCAAACGAAAUGUCUGCGGUUCAACCCCGACGCCACUGUGUGGAAGGCCAAGCAGCAGGUGCUUUGCUCUCUGACCGAAUCGCUGCGAGACGUGCUGAACUACGGCCUCUUCCAGCCCGCCACAGAUGGACACGACGCCAAGUUCCUGGAGGAGGAGAGGCUGCUCAGAGAGUACCCACAAUCCUUUGAGAAAGGGGUGCCAUAUUUGGAGUUCCGCUAUAAAACCAGGGUUUACAAACAGACCAAUCUGGAUGAGAAGCAACUGGCCAAGUUGCACACCAAGGCUAGUCUGAAGAAAUUCAUGGAUUAUAUCCAAACCAGCGCUGUGGACAAGAUGGCCAAGUUCAUAGACAAGGGCCUGGAUCCAAACUACCAGGAUCCUGACACUGGUGAGACUCCUCUGUCGCUGGCAGUGCAGUGCGAGCCAGGUGGAGGAGAGGCCAUCCGGGUGCUGGUGGACGGAGGCGCUCACAUCGACUUCCGUGCCAAAGAUGGACUCACGCCGCUUCACAAGGCUGUUCGAGGCCACCGCCAUACAGCCCUGCUGGUCCUGCUCUCUCUGGGUGCGUCUCCAGACUACAAGGACCGGCGGGGGCUGACCCCGCUCUACCACACUGUGCUAACAGGGGGCGACACCUCCUGCUGUGAAACGCUGCUGUUCCACCGCGGCAAGCUGGGCAUCAGGGACGAGAACGGCUGGGACGAGACGCAUCAGGCCUGCCAAAACGGGAACUCGCAGCAUCUGGAGCACCUGCUCUUCUACGGGGCGGAUUCCUCCUCCCAGAAUGCUUCUGGAAACACUGCCUUGCACAUCUGUGCUUUAUACAACAAGGAAAGCUGUGCACGAAUCCUGCUGUACCGUGGAGCCAGUAAAGACAUGAAGAACAACAGCGGCCAGACUCCGUUCCAGGUGGCUGUUAUGUCCGGCCAUUUUGAAUUGGGAGAGAUUAUAAAAAACCACCGGGAUACAGAUGUGGUUCCCUUUGUGGAGUCUCCAAAGUACGCCCCCCAGAGGAGAGAGAGUACCCGGACGUUGGCCGUGCCCCACCCCCACCCGUUUCUACGGGCCAACAGCGAUAGCAGCAUGAAUCUACCGGACUGGAUGGCUGUUCCCAACGCGCCGAGCACCAACAUCGUUUCUGUGCAGGGUUAUAAACACACAGGAACCCUGCGGAGCUCCAGCAGCCCCAGAGGAGCGAGGACGCGGUCCCCGUCCCGCGGACGGAUCGGAGACAAGGAGGACCGGAGCCGGCAGAGCCAGAGACGGGGGCCUCCUCCGACCUCCUCCACCACCACCACCACCACCAUACAAACUGCAGGCCAGCGCAGACGCCUCUACAGCGCCGUCCCAGGACGAGUCUUUGUCGCUACGCGGUCCCACUCCGCUCAGGGCGAGCGCGAGAUCAGCUUCAGUAAAGGAGACAGGGUCAAAGUGUUGAGUGUCGGCGAGGGCGGCUACUGGGAGGGGACGGUCAGAGGUCGCACAGGCUGGUUCCCCUCCGACUGUGUGGAGGAAGUGGUGCUUCGAAGUCAGGACAACCGAUCAGAGAGUCGUGGAGAACGAGCCAAAAGGUUGUUUCGCCAUUACACUGUGGGAUCAUAUGACAGCUUUGAUGCUCCAAGCGACUACAUAAUCAAGGAGAAGACGGUGCUUCUGCAGAAAAAAGACAGCGAGGGAUUCGGCUUUGUGUUGCGAGGGGCCAAAGCUCAAACUCCCAUUGAAGAGUUUACUCCCACUCCGGCCUUCCCGGCCCUGCAGUAUUUGGAGUCGGUGGACGAGGGCGGCGUGGCGUGGAGAGCCGGUCUCAGGAUGGGGGAUUUCCUCAUCGAGGUGAACGGUCAGAACGUCGUGAAGGUCGGCCACCGGCAGGUCGUCAACAUGAUCCGGCAGGGCGGCAACAGCCUCAUGGUGAAGGUUGUCAUGGUAACCCGCAACCCCGACAUGGAGGAAGGCGCGCGGAAGAAAAUCCCUCAGCAGAGCAAGAGGCUGAGCACGCCAGCCAUCGCCCUGCGCUCCAAAUCAAUGACUUCAGAGCUGGAGGAGAUGGUGGAGAGAGCUGCUACCCCUUGGAAAAAAAAAUCAGAGUUCGAAUCCUCACAAGUUUCAGAGAAGAAGAGGACAGUCUAUCAGAUGGCUUUGAAUAAACUCGAUGAAAUUCUUGCAGCGGCUCAGCAGACAAUCAGCACCAACGAGGCGUCCGGGACACGGGGACAGGGGCCGAAGCGGGACCGGGGAAGAAGCUUCUAUGGCAACGAGCCGAGCUACGCGGACCAGCCUGGGAUGGGGAUGAUAUCGGGUCUGGGACUGGGCUACGAGCGAGGCCAGUACGGCCCGGGUCACGGCCCUCCGCACGGUAUUAUGCGGCAGAAAUCCAUCGGCGUACCUGAGGAGGAGAAGCAGUUCCUGCAUCCUCCUGCGAUGAAGUUUGCACGGAGUCUGUCGGUGCCUGGUCCGGACGAUAUCCCUCCUCCUCCCACAACGGCUCCACCGGAGCCCCCGUUCUCCUCCGCUCCACCACUUGGUUGGAGAACAAAGUUGUCCCAGCAGCCCUCUGUCUCUGUGUCCCAGUCAACAUCCAGCUCUGCGCACUACCAGCCCUUCUCCCAGUCAGGCCACCUGAGCCAGGGUGGCAGGGAGAGGGCGGGUGGUCCCACCACUGGCCCAGCAGCAGACCACGCGACACCGUACGUUCACGCAUCUGCCCAUACAGCUCAGAGCAGGACUGCGUCGCGAAAGGUUGCCUAUACUGGGGAGUCUGUUGGAGCUGGGACUGGGGCUGGCGCAGGCGCUAAACAAGCAGGCCUGAGGAGAGGCUACAGUACAGCCGUACCCCCGUCCAGCAUUGCUACUGUAAUGCCCCAGCAACAACAGACUACCCAGAGUCAACCCCAGCGGGCAGACCGAAGCACAGCUGGAGCAGGUGGCCCUAAAGGAGGGGCCAGGAGAGGCAAGGGCCCUCUGGUGAAGCAAUCUAAGAUAGAGGAGCUGCGUCUAGGGCAGGGAAGCCUGGGGAGCAAAGACUCUGUGGAGAAAAGCUCCAUUCCUAUCCCCACCAUCAUUGUCAAGGCUCCCUCAACCAGCAGCAGUGGACGGAGCAGCCAGGGCAGCAGCGUGGAGGCUGAUGUCCCCGCGUCAGGGGAGGCGGGUGAUACAAAAACGCCUCACGGCCCUCCUCCGUCCACUCCUGCUCCACAGCCACCUGCUCCACCCUCCAUUCCUGCACCACCACCUCCAUCUUUGCCUUCUAUUCGAGCCCAGGAUAAUCUGGACUUUACCAGCCAGUUCGGGGCUGCCAUUGUUGGCGCAGCUCGCCGAGACAGGGAGAGAUUCCUCGAAGCCCGACGAAAGAGUGCCUCCUUGUUCAUGUCUGCUGAGGAAGAUCUGAGUCUUGGGAUGAGCGAAGCGCUAGGAGGAGUAUCAAGAACUCAGGUGUCUCAGCAGCAGUUAAACACUCAGCCUGAAAGCUCGUCAACACGAUUGCGCCCUUCCAAGUCAAUUGAUGAGGGCAUGUUUUCUGCAGACACCUUUAUCCAACACACCCGGAGUAUGCCUCCAGCCUUCGGCCUACCGGAGUACUCCUCUACGGCCCUGGACUAUCAGCCCAAAUCUGUGCCUGCUGAUCUAUACGCAGCAGCAGGUCGACAGCCAGCACCUUCCUCCAACACCACUUUUAUUCAUCCUCUUACUGGGAAGGCGCUUGACCCCACAUCACCUCUGGGCCUCGCCCUGGCUGCCAGGGAGCGUGCUCUGAGGGAUGACAGCAGGAUAAGGAGGGGAACGGAGCACCUCUUCACCCGCCAGAUGUCGAGCGUCGUGUUCCCUUCGUCUGCUGUCACCUCUCAGCCAGUUUCCUCCACGACGCAGUCUUCAAGUUCUUACCUGGUGACCUCCUCUUCUCUGGCAGCUACCACACCCACAGUCGGUCGCCCACCCUCACCCAGAAUCCUCCGAGGAGUAGGGAGUACUUGGGGGGAAGAAGGUGGGGAGCGGGAGCGGGAAGGUGGAGGUACUCGCGAGGGUCUUAGAGUGCGGUUUUCGGAGGACAAAACUGUCCACACACACCACUAUCAGUCUCAGCCAUAUCAGCCGUCUUACAAAGAGCGAGAGAGGUCGCGGGAACGAGAGAGAGACCACUCAAGGGAGAGGGACAUGAGGAGGGCAGAGCAGGCUGCUGAGAGUGCACCCCCGCAACCCCGAAGACCCUCUUUUCUCAGGAUGGAAAGUCAAGCCGAUGCCUAUAUGCUGUCUCUUACCCCUCCCUCUCCUCCACCAACCAUUACCCAGCAUGCUUCUGGAAGCACAGGGAGUGGUAUAAUGGUCCUUCCUCCUCCUGCCCCAUCAGUCGACGCGGACGAUGAAUUUGUUUAUGCAGAUCCCCUCCCUCCUCCCUUAGAGUUUGCAAACAGCUUCGACAGAGGGGGAUCGGGAUACUCGCAACACGCGAUGCUUGCCAACAGCCUGAUCCAUCGACAACAACAAGUCCCCCCACCGCCUCCUCCACCACCUCCGCCGCCCCCGCCACCUCCUCCCCCUCCACAGAAAGAACAUUAUAUAAGUGGCUUUCCUGCCCAUACUCCUCUGCCCUCUCCCCAGGCAGGUGACUCCACUGCAUCCAGCCUCACGUCGUAUGACAGUGAAGUGGCAAAUCUGACUCAGUCUGCUCCUUCCCCUUCACAGACAUCACCAAAUCCUCCACCCCCUUCCUCACCCUCAAACCUUCAGCCAGCCAUGGGCCUUCCUCCUCCCCCUGCAGUCUCACCUCCACCUCCCCCUGGUUCCGGUUCCUACCACAGGCCCUUUUCAAUGUCUCACCACCUUUACAACAACACACAUGCAUCCGGGCGAUCCUCACCAACACCUCCACAACAUGCAGUCGCACCACCUCCAGCUUACAGAGGUCCCCCAGCUCCAUCCUCCACUGCUGCCACGUCCGUCCCACAUAGGGGCAAUGCCUCCCACGCAACGACCGCUAGCUGUGCUGCUACAACCACCACUGCUGCCACAACAAGCACCUCCACUCAGCUCUACCAAGAGCGACCACACCCUGCUCAUUCGACAUACUCCACUACCAUCACAGGACGGACAGGCGAGCACCAUCGUCCUCAUCCCACUGCCAAAAAAGGAGAGUCCCAGGAAACGGUUGUGGACUCUGGGAUUGAGGAACUAGAUAGCCGCAGUAGCAGUGACCAUCACCUGGACAGUAUUUUGGGCCUAAGUGGGGCUGGUAUCAGAGGAGACAGACUGGAUCGGGGAGAGAGACUCGGAGGUGGAAGUCCACGGCGAAUGGGAGGAGGUGCAGGAGAAACAGAACGAGGAGGAGCAGACUUUCUGGAGUCAUACAUGAGCUACCUGGAUGGGCAAACCUUUGAGAUGCAGAAUGCGACAGCGGCGGCUUCCACCUACCCAAAAACCAGCAGGUUUAGAGAAGGUAGCCGCGCUGGUGACUCACAUCGACAGACCAGCACUGCCCCUGCAUCCUACCACUCCCACAGGCAAAGAGAUGGGCAGGUAGAGGACGACUUAGAGGAGGGACUUGGAGACGACGAGAGUGGUCAAGACGGGUACGGGAUGAGGGACCUGCAGAAUUUGGGCCGUCCCACGUCGCCGUACUUUGAGAGGCCACGCACUCCUGAGAUGAGACCCCUAUGGGGCGACAGCCAGAUGAGCGGCGAUAUAGGGAGCCAGUCCGGGUCGCUUUUAGAAGGGAAGAAGAUUUACCCCCCUGCAUCCAGUAUGAAGCCAAGCAUUAUCACUGAGCUGAGCAGCAAAUUGCAGCAAAGAAGUAAAGACAGCUGGAGCAGCCACAGACCAUUGACCAGACACAGAUUUUCCGAAGACUCCGCCUCUGCUCUGAGCCCGCCCUCAGUCCGCUCUCAGUCUCCGUCUCCAAUCUCUUUAUCGCAGCCGUCCUUAUCGCCAUCCCCAACCCCAGCUUCCCAAUACCCAAACUGGGGACGUUCCCCAUCUCCUCAGCCUCCAGCUGCAUCUCAACCUCCGCGCUCACAUUCUCCGUUGUCCCCGACGUCGUACUCCCCUUACCCUACGUCUCCCAAGCACAGACCCGUGUACCGGACCAAAGCUCUGGAAUUCCAGUUCAUCCCCAGUCGAGAGUCCCGCAAAGCAGAAUCACACAUGCUCCAGCGCCGACGAGCUCCGAGUCCGCUUAUCUCCCAAUCAGAGAGACCCAAAGUGGCCCCGCCCCGCCCAUCGUCACUUCCUCUUCUCCCCACUUCACCCCUGUACAGUGCCAUCUACGACCUCCGCGGUUCAAUCACCCCACCGUCACCUGGGAAUCCUCUUGGAGACCCUUACUUCUCACCCUCUCCUCCCCUUUUUGCCCCCUCUGGAGCCCCUCCACCUCCAAACUCAACCUUAGUAGUAUCACGAUCCCUUUCUCCAACUCAUUUUCUGUCUGGGACGUCGUCUCCACCUCUACAUCCCCACCCGCCGUCUACCUGCUUGAGUUACCCCCACUUACCACCGCCUUCCCCCACAAAGCCUUUCGCUUCCAAGCCGCUGCCCUACUGGACCAAGUACGAUGUUGCAGACUGGCUGGCGUACCUCAACCUUGGCGAGCAUAGAGAACGGUUUCUUGACAACGAGAUUGAUGGCACCCAUUUACCCUCUUUGACCAAGGAAGACUAUCUGGAUCUGGGGGUGACGAGAGUAGGACACAGAAUGAACAUAGAGCGAGCCCUAAGGAGUGUAAUGGACAGGUUGUCCAGCAGCCCGUUUCCCAUUUCUGUCCUCUCUCCUCGGGAAGGGCAGCCUGAGAGGAGGAGGGACGACGGGAGUCGGAGCUGAGGCCGCCAAGGAGGAACAGGGAGGGGUUGAAGUUCAUGUCGGAGGAUUCACACAGAUUUCACACGGAAAGAAAGGAGAAGAUGAUGAUGAUCUGAAAACACGCCGGCUGGUGCUCCUUGAUUUACAUCCAUCCAAACACAACCACAGCAACACAAUCUUAACUAAACCUCCUCUCAGUGAACAUAAGAGGAUCGUAAUGGCAGCAAAUUUCAGAUUUAUUAACUAGAACAAUCACAAAGCAGAGGACGCAUUCGGUAGGGCUGCAGAGGUGAGUCCUGACAGCUGAUUGGUUGUUUUUGUUCAGGUUUAAAGGUGAGAGGAUUCAGAUUUUAGCUUCCUGUGUGACGUUUGAGGAACAUGUCUGCGUGUCAGAAAGUAGGAAGGUGUUUUUUAAAGAAUGAGGCUUCGUUUGCGUGCUUUAUUUCACCGUAGAGUCAUGGUAAAAAUUAAACACACUGUGUGUUUUUAUUUUAAAUGUCAGGGGAUGAAAUAAGUGAUCUGGUCUUUACCAAGUUAAAAUCUGCAGUUUCUCCUUGUCGCCGCUCUAUUAGCACAAAAUUUCCAAACAGAUGUUUGGACUUUAUACGUUUUAAAAUAUCUCUGAAUGUUUCAACUUGAAGCAAUCUGCAAAAUUGAAGCAAAAAUAAAUAUUGUUUAUAAAUUUAAAAAUCAUCUGUCUUUAUGCAUUUAAUGGCUUUAUUGUUAUUAAGUGUGGAAAUCUUUUACUUUCUUAUGAAUCGAUUAAUUUUUAUAAGGAUUUCAGUUUUAAUCUGUAAAGACUGGAUCUACUCCAGGCUACUUUGCAAAGCAGAAUGAUAAAUGGGGUCAUUAAACUAUUUUAAAAGUUUAAUGACCUAUUAUGCAAAAUUCUAAUUUUGCUUGUUUUUGCACUUUUAUUUGGGUCUCAACUGCUUCUAGAAACAACUCAAGCACUUAAAAACUACACCCAGCUGCUUUUUGUCUGGAAAAUGAGCCGUUUCCAUUGUUGAGUCACAUUCAGCAAGCAAAGCGCCGUUACAUAGCAACCCCAGCACAACACCAGCAUGUUUGGUCAGCUGGUUUUACUGCUGCAUUCACUGUACAAUGGCACUGGAAGAGAGAUUUUUUUGUGGACUUGCCAUUCAGAAACCACUUACUGCAUUCUUGUUUGUUGUGCAGGAGGCUCCACUUCUGUUUUUCGAAAAUGUACUGUUGUACAAUUGGACAUUUGUUAGCGAUUUUCACAUACAACUGUAAACGUUUAGGGGUUUGGCCAGCAGCAGCUUGUUUGGAUUUAAAGAGACAAGACUCCCUAAAACAGCUCACUGUGAACUGAUCAGGCUAAAAUCUCAAUAUCUAAGAAUAAUUUUGUGCAAAAAAUUGAAUUAACAUAUUUUGUUUGGCAAAAAUUAAUUUUCAAAUUGUGAUUUUGGACUUAAUUGGACCUUUUUUUCUAUUUUGCUGACUUACCAUUCAUAAACCACUUGCUGCAUUCUGGUUGGUUGUGCAGGAAGCUCCACUUAUACUUUUCGAAGAUUUACAUUUGUAUAAUUGUGCAUUUGUCUGCAGCCAUUUUCACGUGCGGAUGUAAACAUCAAGUUGGGGGGCGUGGCCAGCAGCAGCUUGUUUGGAUUUAAAGUGACAAGACGCCCUAAAACAGCUCAUAUAGAACAAACUGACUAGAAUAAAAUAUCAUUAUUUAACAAUAGUUUUGUGCAACAAAUGUAUUGAACAUGUUUUGUUUAGACAUACGUCCGUCUCAACCUGUUCAAGGAAGCAUAAAAGGAACUUGGUAAAGUCCAGAUUGUUUUUUUAUGUCCUCAUCCAUUAAACUCUACAAUCGAAUGAGGAUGUAGAGUUUGCUGUCUGCUGUCUUCUGACAACAGCUUCCUCAUCUUUCCGGGGAGUCCAGGGAGCAGACCAGUGUCUUCGCUGUCUGUGUGUGUGUGUUUAUCUGGUUGCGAUUGGUCACGUCUUGUUUUUUACCUCACCAACCGGUAGGGCUCUGUCCUCACUACGGAUCCUGUGUGCAUUUUUGUUAUUUUUCCAUAAGAGCUCUUUGUCAUCUUUUAGCGACGUACGUACAGACUGGUCACUGUAUCACAAAUUUGUAGCAAAAACAAGUGCCCAGACCUACAUCAUAAAAAGAAUAAAUGGCUAAAAAACAUAUAUUUACAUAUAUAUAUAUGCACACAGUCAGGCACCCAUGUUACUGUUAUCCAUGCCUGCAUGCAUACACCAACAUGUAGAUAAACACAAGCACUCUGUGUUUGUGUCAGAGUUUAUUUAACAACUUAUAUAUAAAGACGCAGAGAUCCGAGACGCACCCGAGGACAGACUGUGCUCUGGAUCCAAGAGAACGUGAAGAGAAAUCUUUUUCUUCCGGAGAACAUCUCUGCUCAGACCUUCUGGGAAGAGGGACACUUGAAAGGAGACGGGAGGGAUAAAAGAAAAACUGCCAUUAUCUCCGUCUUUUCCCUCCCGCUCCUCCCUGCUCCUUCCAGGAGUGGCCUUUCUCCCCCCUUCCUCCCAACGGCGAAACCCAAGAGAGAAACGCUCGAAUCAAAUUUUAAUACUACGAUUGUUCUUACAGUUUUUAAACUUUAAACGGGGAAACACUGGAACUGCUGUUGAUAUGAAGAGAUUUGUUGCUACCGCUUAUCGUUACUAUCAUCGUCCUUACUGUUAUUCCGGUUUCUUCCUGCGCGGGCUCAGGUGGGUGAGUGCUGUGGAGACGCUGGACCCUCUACAUUGUUUUAAAGUGAAAAGAAGCCUCGCGGACAUAAUGUGAAACACAUCGACGGGUAUAUUUUCCCUUUAUUAUGUUAACAUGGUAACUUUAAAAGCCUCAAACUUUACUUUUCUCCUUAAAAGUUUAUUCAGAUGCUGUAUCGAUGUAGCAAAUGUUACUCUGGGGAAGCCCAGGACAUAUCAGUGAUGGAAAUUUAGUACCGCUAGCCCCUGUUAUCAGAUCUGUGUGUGCCAUGUUUCUCAUUUUACUUCUCCAUCAGCUUUCAUGGCACAUUAACCUCUGAGAUGGAAUAUAAGGGCUCUCUCAUGACUUCACGCUUUCACUUCUCCUGCUGCUUUCCGAGUCCGAGAACACAUCGAUGCAUCCCAUUCGGGAGUCGCUCUCCCCUCUGCUGUCUUUGAGUCUGGUUUUGCAGAAGAAAAAACAGUUUUCAUGCAUCUUGUUGCACAUAUUUUCACUCUGUCGAUGUAAAAUGUGCAAAUGGUGAUUUCAUUUUUGUAUCAGCAGAAGGUCAGCGGGGAGAUUAUCUUAGAGUGCAUAAUGAAAUAGCAAUAAGGACGAUGAAAAUAAUGGUCAUUAAACACCGUUUAAGAUGUAAAAAAAAAAAGUCUCAAAAGUUCUACAGAAUCUCUGUCUUCCAAAUAAUGUUGAUCAUGAAGAUGUAUUUAUUUAACUGUUCUGCUUUCUAUACAGUUUGACCCGUUCUCUGCAUCUUCCACUGUUAAUGAUCCAAGCUGGUCGUUCUCUUUGCUCACGUGUGUCGAUGCGAUCACGGUGAAUUAUUUCUGUCAUUUUUUGCUUCAGUAACCUUGCAAGGAAAUUCGAGUAGCAAUGUGUAAUACAGGCCAGAACUUCGGUGGUACCAACAGGAAUCUCCUUCUGUUCUUGGAGGUCACUUAAAGGGCGCCUGCAGGUGAAGUAUCAAUGCAGAAUCAGCUAAAUUAUCAACAGCAGAUUCUUUCUUAUUGAUGUCCGGUUCACACGGCAGGAUUUUAAACCCAUAAAAACUUCCAGGGAUGGUACCAUUGGGCUCCUACAGAUUACAUAAGGGGAACCUCAAGCCAGUGUCUCUGAAAUCCAGUCCUUAGAUCCCCGUGCCCAGCAUGUUUUAGAUGCGUCUCUGUUCCAGAACCUCUUAAUCACCCACAUAUUCAAACCAGGUGUGUGGCAGAAAGGAAAUACCUAAAACAAUGCAAGGCAGUGGCCACUGCUACAGGUUAUUUAUUGAGAUUAUCUUAUAGAUCUUAUAGAAAACCUAUAAGGCAUUUGGAGAGGAUACCAGUAAGGUCCAGAUAUGCAUAGGGCCCCUAUAAGUUACUUCAGGCUGUUUAUGGUGGGUCUAUGAACUGCUUUCAAGUCACCUUAUGGAAUAAUUACAAGGUACCUGGUGAGUUAAUGGGGGUUUCCUUGAAACUACUACUAGGGAACCUAUAAGGCACUUCAGGGGUAACCUGUAGGGUGUUUAUUGGAAACCUAUGGAGUGCUUACAAGUCACCUGAUGGGGGGUAAUUAUGGCAUGUCUGCUGGGGCCUGUAGGGUUCCUUAAAGGGUCCUUAUUUAGUACCAGAUAAACCUGUAGGGUUCCAUUCUGUGUUAAAUCAUUUCAUGCUCUCUUGUAUAAUUAGAUAUUAGUGUUGCAGGUUGUUUUGGUUUUUAUUAAUAAAACGUAAUGUUAACCAAUGAAACUUAUUUCUACCACCCGUUAGUUCCCUUGAGGUUCUCGUCGUAUCACACGUUGCUACCGGCGUUUCUUAGUGAAAGUAAAAGUUUUUAUUAAGCCAGAUGUUUCUAUCAGUUCUACAAAAUGUUCAUGUAGUGUAAAUUUAGCUCAAAAGGAACUCAUCUCUCUUCUUUUGUGACUCUUGAUCAAAUAUUCUGGACAUUUUUUCUGGAUUUUUUUAAAAUCGAGUGAGUGGCUCACAUAUCAGCUGUCAGGGGUUAAAGGUUACAAUCUGAGGGGAAUCGGUCCGACUCUAUAGAAAGCAUUUUUUUUCCUUUAAGAGAUCUUUAAAAAAAUGAGUAUGAACUGAAGAAAGGUAUCUUACAGAAUAUAUAUAUGUAUAUGUGAAAUGCAUAUACACACAUUCAUAUAAAUAUAUAUGAAUUUCAAAUGUUUUAAGAGAUAAUAAAUUGUUAGAAUUAUAAUAAAGAUAAACAAAGCUCUA